AGCGCUUAGCGGCCGAAGCGACCGGCGAUGUAAACAAAGGCAGGAUGUUCGGCGGAGCAGCGGCUGGCGAGGACGUGGACGGCUCGGCGCAGGAGGGGAGUAGGAUGUCGUCAUUCCAGUCGGUGGAGAAUGAUAGCGAAGAGAAGUAUUUUCGGAAGUAUCAAGCUAUUUUGAGGAGGUGCAAGAGUAUCCAGAAGGAAAAUGAGAUGUUGGUCAACCGAGUAUAUCAAGUGAAAAAGAUUGUAAGAAGACUGAGGAGGGAGAGAAAGUUCCUCAUGGAGGAGCUGGAUAAACGUGGAGAUAAUUACAGAAGUUUGCCUUUGACCAUUGCUAUUGAUGAAGAGGAAAAGUCCUUUGCAUUGCCUCAGACUUCAAGCUUGCCUGCUCUGGGGAGACCAAGAAGUAACAGCACAGUAUCCAGUGGGAAACGUCAGGUCAAGCGUGAGAAGGUGGAACGUGACCCAAGUGCUCCUAAGAGACCAAGUAGUGCAUUCCUACAGUUUUGUCAAGACCAGAGGGAGACCACUUCAGCACAGCACUUGCAACAGACAGGAAGGCCUGUGGAUAAAAAGCAGUUGACAAAACUUCUUGCUGCCAGAUGGAGCUCCCUUGGGGAAGAUGACAAGAAGGUUUACAUAGACAGGUUUGAGAGGGACAAGGAGCAAUAUUCAGAAGAGAGGCGCCUGUAUGAGAGUAGGAAGAUGGAAUAGCAUUCUGACCCUUUUUCCUCCUCCUCCUCCUUUUUUCAUUUGGUAAAUAGGAUAAAAAUAGAUUGUAAGUAUGGUUUCUUUGGUGAAUAUUUAUUUCCUAUAUACAUUCAUCUACAAACACAGCUUCGUCUACACAUUUUACAGUAAAUGGAAGUUGAGCUGAAUGAAACCUUUAAUAUAAUGAAUCAAGAUGAA